AUGAUUCCUGAAUUUGAACUAUGGGUCAAGGCCUCCAAUAUCGACAAGAUGAGCAAAGGGGCUUGUCCUUUGUGCCACCAAUGGUACAUGGUAGCCUAUAUUUUGGCAGAGAAUAAGCUUGCCAGUUUCAAAGUGAUCACAGUUCCUGAGAAUUGUCCACCAAAAAUUCUGAAAGACAAAAGCACAAGCGGACUUUUCCCUGUUGUAGUUGGCAUUACUGGUGAAACGACUUUAGGCUCUGUGGAAGACUUUGUUGCUGAUGAGAGCAGUGAAUUGGAGGCAUUCUUUGACUCUUUCAAAUGCCCUUUGUUGUCAAUGAACUCUCCCGGUCAAACUGUGGCUUUGGACUGUUUCAUUGAUCUCUACAGGGUUUUCAACCUCUUCCUGAAAAGCAACACAGAAAAGCUGCGUGACAAGUUGAAUAAUGUGAUGAAACGCAUAGAUACUCAUUUGAAAGAGAAUGGUACCAAAUUCCUGGAUAGAGAUGUGCUGACUUAUGCAGACUGUGUACUGUUGCCCAGACUACAGCAUGUUAGAAUUGCUGGAAAGAUCUAUGUUGACUAUGAAAUCCCAGCUGAAAACAAAUAUUUGUACCGCUAUCUGCUGAGUGCUUAUGCAACUGAUGCCUUCAGAGACACGUGUCCCUCGGAUCCAGUCAUUAUCAACCACUACCAGAAGAAGGCUCAGAAACAAGGUGUAGAAGCAACUCUGAUGAAAGAGACGACAACCUUCCACAUUCCCGAUUACAUUGACCUCACUUUUGAUGAAGAGGAAGAUGAGACAACACAGGAACAAGAUGAUAUGCAGCAGCUCUCUGACCAAAUUGAUAGCGUUGUUGUAGACAGCACUCCGAAUGGAGAUGCUGCCUCUGAACAUGAAGCUGAAGCAAAUGGGGACGAUACUGAUGAUGCAGCAUCUGCUUCAUCGGCCCCAACAGCAGAAGAAUUGAUAGCAAAUGGAGAUGUAAGCAGUAAUGUGACUGAAGAUAAGUACGAGGGUGAGCUAGUUGAAAUACCAGCUGUAGUAGAAACUGGGGAAAUGAAAAGUGUGAGAGAUGAAAUGCCAGAACAGGAAGGAACACAAAUAUCGGAGAAUGGUUCUGCUGUAACAGCUGAAUGA